GGCUACUUAUGUACGUGGUUUGUCAGUAAGUGCUGCCAUAUCAUAAGCCACUGACCACGAAGAUAGACCGAAGCCUGACGAGUAUACAGACUGUUGAUCGGGCGUCAAGAUGAUGGAGAUGCGGACGUCCAGUGUUACCUUUGUCUCCGUCCUACUGCUGGUAGCCAUGGCAACUGUGACCGAGGCGGCAGAAAAUGACACGUGCUCGUUUCACGAGUACUUUACUUGUGACCCAAACGCUGACUGUAUUGAUAGACAGGGUGUGUUUGAGACCUGUAAAUGUAAGAGCGGAUUUGACGGGGACGGAUUUCAAGGGGAAUAUCACACCGGCUGCUUAAUAAUUGGAUCUAAAAAUAUCUCGUGUUCUGGAAACGACGACUGCCUAGAAUAUGAUGCCGAUUGCAUUGAUAACAUCUGUCAGUGCAGAUCUGGAUAUGCGCAGAAUGACUCGACGGGAGCAUGCAAAGAUAUCGAUGAGUGUAAGCAGAAUCGCUGUGAUGAAAACGCUAAUUGUAACAAUAUUCCUGGUUCCUUUGCCUGUACCUGUAAGGCUUUUUUUGAGGGAGACGGAUUCUACUGCAAGCAAAUAUGUCGGGUGGACUCAAACUGCCACGUCCACGCUAAGUGUAUCCUGAAGCAAUGUGUGUGUGACGACGGCUACAGUGGUGACGGCAUCAACUGUAUAGAUAUAAAUGAAUGUGAGACAGGGGAUGACAACUGUCACAUCAACUCUGAGUGUAUUAACAACGAAGGCUCGUUCGAUUGUAGCUGUAAACCUGGCUACGAAGGCAACGGAUUAACUUGUACAGUGGUGCCACAAACGUGCGAUGCGAUUCUACAGAAAAAUUCAAAGUCCCAGUCCGGUCAAUACCUUAUCGACCCUGACGGCACAGGACCCAUCCCCGCCGUUACGGUUGAGUGUGACAUGCGCUCAGACAACAUUGGUGUCACCAUAGUAAAAGUCAAGGUCGGUGUCAAGUUUGUGUCACCGUGGGCUCCCAACUUUGAUUUGGAAUACCUGGCAACCUUGGACCAAAUAAAGAAGAUAGCGAAUGUUUCUAAAUAUUGUUACCAGGAGGUGGCAGCACAGUGUCGUUGGAAUGCAGUGAUGUUGGGAGGGAAUACCUACUGGGUGGACGGCAAUGGAGAUAAACAACUGACAUGGGGAGGGUCGUCUGUAGAAGGCAUGUGCCCCUGCGGACAGCUAGAUGGAUUCUGUCAAGUACGGGGAUCUAACUGUAACUGUGAUGGCUCUGCCAGCUUGGUGGAAGAUGGCGGGAAAAUAUUACGACGGGACUUACUACCGGUACAGUCAGUCCAUAUGAAAUUAACAGGAAGUCAAAAGUUCCGGACAAAGAUUGGUCCGGUGGUGUGUAGUCCGAAACCUUUCGAUAUUCCAAAGGACUGUGAUGAAGCUAAGUUUAGACUGAACCAGAAGAAGGACGGUGCCCUCGUUAUAGACAUUGACGGUCCAGAUGGUGAUGGGGAGCCUGUAUUAGUACAUUGUGACAUGGAGACUUACCCACAUGUUGGAGUCACUGUCGUACCACUCGUUGCCUCCCUCCCCACCGGUUCAGGACUAAACCCUAUUGAGUAUACAAUUGAAAACAACGUAGUUCAGAAGAUCGUCGACUUCUCACAAUUUUGUGUACAAGAGGCUUCGUACACUUGUAAGAAUUCUGAUUUAAAAGGCUUUUAUUUCACCAAUAUGAAAAGUCAGAUGAGGGAGUUCUUCCCUGGAGGUUUGAGUCAGACGGGGAUGUGUCCUUGUGGUUUAACAGGAUCAUGUUCUGAUCCAGCCGAAUCGUGUAAUUGUAAUGUGAAAGAUGGCGAAACAAGGAUGGAUUUUGGUGUGGAAUUCAACAAAGAAAAUUUACCAAUUACUGCUAUGUUUUUUAAUGACAUAGGAACAUCAGAUAAUCAGAAUGCUUCAUAUACUCUGUCAUCACUGAGGUGCAGUCAGCAAUCUUUCUCAUUUGAGGCGAGUUGCGAGUCGUAUCUGAGGGAUCGAGGGAGGACUUACAGCUAUACCUACAUGUUGGACCCCGACGGUCCGGAGCCAAGAGAUGGAGACCAAAAUAAUGUUUCACCUUUCCCUGUGGAAUGUCAAAUGCACGAAAAUCCUCCACACGCAGUGACAGUUAUCCGCCACGAGUCAGAAGGAUCGAGACAAGUGGCUGGUGUCUUGGCAUACGUGUAUCGCAUGGUUGACACCCUGCAGUUACAGAAGUUGAUUGCAAGAGCUGUUUACUGUACCCAGUCUGUUACCUACACGUGCAAUGUUCUGGGGCCCAUGCACGACGCAUCUGGAGAUUCAAUUAUAUCCUGGAUCGGACUGGACGGUAACAAACAUGAAUACCUUCAUGGUCAGAAUGGAGGCAGUUGUCAGUGUGGCUUGAUUAACACAUGUCAAGGACCGGGUGUGUGUAACUGUGACGGCACCUCCUCAACGUCAGAUUCUGGCAAAUUAUUCAACAAAUUACAUUUGCCGGCGAUGAAUUUCACCUUUGCUGACCCGAAAAGCAGCAAUGACCUUAACCUUGGACCACUUAUGUGUUUCGAUUUACGUCCAACGUGCAGUGACCUUCUUGAGGCCAGGAACAACCGACUGUCAAGCGAGGUAUUUAUACCGACAAAUACGCCAUACACCAUCGACCCUGAUGGUGCCGACGGGGAAGGACCAUUUGUCGUCUUCUGCAAGUUCCCCCAAACCAUCAUAUCUAUAUCUCCAGACGGCACAAAUUCAACAGGAAAUUCACCAGGUGAAGGUGUAAAUAAAUGCUUCACAAUUACUUACAACAACGGCGUGUCUCCUGCACAGAUAGAGGCACUCAUAGAAAGGUCCAAUUACUGUACACAACAUCUCAGUUACGACUGUCGAAACGCACCAAAAACUGACCACGUCUUUUACAAGAGCUGCAGUGGAGAAACGCAACCAGGCUGGGGCGGUUCAAACGGACAGCCGAAAUGCGCGUGUGGAGUGACAGGCACGUGCAGUGAAGGUGCUGAUGCUCUGUGUAACUGUGACAAUGAGGACGGGGACAUCCAUACAGAUGAGGGUUGGAUACACAACAAAACGAGACUUCCUGCCUGUGAAGUUUGCAUAACACUUGAUCCAGUAACUGAUACAUCGACAUCUCGCUCUGCUUCCUACAAGGUGACAGACCUGAUAUGUAACUCCGGUCCUAUUGGUCUGGUUGGGUCGUGUCAGGAUCGUCGUGAUGCAGACAUCGUUGAAUCAGCAACUAUCUUUGUGGACUCGGACGGGCCUGGUGUGGGCAAUCCUCCUUUCCCUGUCUUCUGCCGUCUUGAAGCAUCACCACGUACUGGUACUGCGGAGAUUCGUCCACGCGAACCGGAGUACCCAGUGCCUACUAACGGGACAGUCGUCAUACUCUACUUCGUUUUUGAUAUAUCUUACGUUUAUGAACUGGUAGAAGAAUCCGUGUACUGUGAGCAGGCUAUAUACUUGUUGUGUGGGGAUGCCCAGGUACCGGCGGAUGGAAGGGAUAUGGAUGACUGGGAACAAGGACCUAACGGGACGCUUUCGUGUAAGGCUGGUAAGUGUGAGUGCAAAGGCGACGAGACUUACGGAGGUUUCGUAAUAGUGAAAGGAUCCCUGCCCGCACAGUUUGUCCAGCUCCCAAAGGGCGUACAGGGCACUAUAUAUGUCAAGCCUAUGGAAUGCUACAAUGUUUAUAAGGACUGCCAUGAAAUUAAAGUAAAGGGUGCUAUCCUUCCCGCGAGAAUCAACCCUGAAAGCGAGUAUGCUAUAGACCCUGAUGGUGCAGGUGGAGUGCCGCUAUUUGCUGUUACCUGUGACUUUACGACAGACAAAUCAAUCGGCAUUACCCAGGUGGAUAAUUCCAUUGAUGGCCAGAUUAGUGUGAGUGGACAACGAACAUCGACUGAAUAUACGGUUCCCAUUGAAUACCCAGAUGCAUCGCCGGAACAGAUUCACGUUCUUGCCAAUAUUUCCAACUUCUGCUACCAGGGUAUCCAGUACCAGUGCAGCAAUAUACCGGCUAUGCGUUUAACCAUGUAUGAUGGGGAGCAGAGUCAGAGCGUGGGGACUGGCUUUGGCAGCACGGACGGGUGUCCCUGUACGCUCACAGGGGAGUGUCCCAAAAACCAAGUCUGUCAAUGUGACGCUAAAGGUCCAAUGGUAACAUACGACUAUGGCUGGGUACUCGACAACGACUUGUUGCCAAUUGAGAAAGCGAGGUUCGGUCCCCCACAGUCGGACAAAGAACAAGGUAUCGCCACGAUCAGCGGUGUCAGGUGUGGACCCAAGCCGUUCGACAUACCGAUGGACUGUGAAGAUGCUUAUUCCAAGGGGUUCAAGACAGGCGAUAUUAUGAUCAUGCCCUCAGAAAAUGUCACGCCGUUCUUUGUUUACUGUGAUAUGGACAUUGUACCUGGUCAUGGUGUGACCGUCAUUGGAAAUGACAAAGAUGAUGUACCAAUCGAACUUGACCUCACCAACGACACGACAAUCAACGUCACUUACAACAGUGUUACUAUCCCUCAAGUCGAGGCUUUGACAGAGUUUUCCAAAUAUUGUUUUAUACCAGCCAAAUACGACUGCUUCGGAACCCAAUUUCUGGGACUUAACAAAUUUUACUGGAAUGGAAAAGAUAACAAGGAGUUCCGUUACUUUGGAAACAGUGAUAAUAUACGACAGGAGUGCUCGUGCGGGACAGACAACCACUGCGGAGGCAAUCAAUCAGAACCAAUACUAUUACAAAGGAAAUGUAGCUGUGAUUCGACGGAGGGUGAAUGGAGAAAAGACGGAGGAGUGCUCUCAAUAAAGGACGAUCUUCCUCUCAGGUCUAUGACCUUCCUUAAAAAUGACAUCGCCGGUGCACAGGGAAAAAUUACACUUGGCAAACUGUACUGUUCACAAGUAGAGUACAAUCCAAAUGAAUGUGAAUUGGACAUUCAUGACUGUCACAACCUUGCUAACUGUGAAAAUACAAAUGGUGGUUUUGAAUGCCACUGCCCGGUGGGAUUACAAGGCAUCAAACGAGACCCACUUGUGGCGAACGGUCGAAAUUGUUAUGACGAUGAUGAAUGCGCUACCGGAGUUUGUCAGCCUGACCGUGCAGACUGUACUAACACAUUUGGGUCAUUUACUUGUACAUGCCACGAUGGUUACGUAAUGGCGGCGGGAUCCGAAACAGUCUGCAAUGACAUCAAUGAGUGUGCCAACCCUGAUGCUUGUUCUCCGCAUGCCGAUUGCUUCAACAGACCCGGGAAUUACGUCUGCAGGUGCAAGCGUGGCUUCAGGGGCGACGGUUUUAAUUGCACGUCAAUCGGAAUCUGUUCGUGUUUCGGAGAUCCCCACUGUCUCUCCUUUGACGGAAAGUGGCUCCAUUUCCAAGGCGACUGUCAGUAUACGAUGGCAACCGAUGGCUGUAAAGGACAACCACCUACAUUCGAAGUCAGAUCUAAACAUUGGAAUCAGAACAUUCGCGGACUUAAAGGCGCCACAUGGAUUGAAGAAGUAGAACUCAUCCUCUAUCAUGGAGGACAAAACACGACGGUGACGCUCAAGCAGGGUAGUAAGGUUUGGUACAAUAGGGAAUUGUAUCCUGUCCCAGGUACACCAGAUGAACAUAUUGACUUCCGAAGAUUUGGUAGCUGGAUCCAAGUCUAUACCAGUGUCGGUGUACGUGUGAACUGGGACGGAUACCAGGCAGUUGAAGUACUGGUUCCUCAAAGCUUUCUGGACACCACAUGUGGUCUCUGUGGUAACUACAACUUGAACCCGCAUGAUGACUGGAAAAUUGGAGAGUAUUGCCCAACACCGGGGAGUAUAACAAACAACGCUAAUAUCUUCGGUAACUCGUACGUGGUGCCCGGGUACAAGGAGAAGUUCCCCCACUGUGAAGCUGAUUGCAAUGCUCCAGAACCGCCUAAAGCUUGUACAGCCGCGGAGAAAGCGGAGGCUGCCGCAUACUGCAAUAAACUUUUCCUAAACGAGCAAUUCAAGGAAUGCAUGGAAGGAAUUCCUAAAAGUGCACUGGACGGUUAUAUAUUAUCUUGUGUGGAUGACUUGUGUUUGGUUAAAGACAAUUUUGACGUGAUAGUUUGUAACCAUGCUAAAGGUAUGGUGAAGGAGUGUUCAGACAAUUACGGCGUUGUCGUCACUGAUUGGCGGACAGUCGACUUCUGUGAACCGCAAUGUGGACUGAAUAUGGAAUAUUCAUACUGCGGAUAUCCACCAGUUGAGGGAACUUGUUUCGACGUAGAAAGUACUGCACCACUUCCAGCUUUUAACGAUACCUGUCGAGAAGGUUGUUUCUGCAGGGACAGCUUCGUCAUGGAUUCAUCCGGUAAUGAAUGCGUUCCCAAGGAAGACUGCGGCUGUAUAUACAAAGGACGAUACUACCAGGUUGGAGAACAAUUUGUUACCGCAAACUGUGAAGAGACGUGGGAAUGUCAAGACACACAUAAGUUCUCUAAGUCCAAGCUGAAGUGUCCUGAAUUAUCUGAAUGUAAACUGCAAGGAGGAAUAUACGGGUGUCACUGUAACACCGGCUAUAUCAUGGUGAAUGGAGUAUGCAUAUUUGACCCCUGUGGUUCGGAGCCAUGUAAAGAUAUGCCAGACGCCGAGUGUAAGAUGGUUGGGAAGAGCUAUGUAUGUCAAUGUAAGAUGGGUUUCCAGGGAGACUGCAAGAACUGUGAAGACAUUGAUGAAUGCAAGACGAGGACGGACAACUGUACCAGGUACGCUGAGUGCAAGAACAUACCUGGCUCAUUUACCUGUACAUGUCGUAACGGGUACAAGAAGAUUGGAGACAAAUGUCACGAUAUCAAUGAAUGUAAUGAUGAAAAUGUACACAAGUGCCCAGCAGGAACAAAAUGCUAUAACACUAUUGGUGGAUUCUUAUGCGAACCAUGCAGCGAUAACUCGCCGGGAAAGAAAUGCUGCUACUGUAAAGGGUCACGAUGUAAGGAGAAUGGCGAAGUAUGCGGAACAGAUGGUAUUACCUAUCCCUCGGAGAAAGCUAUCAUCGUUGCCAGAUGUGAACAGAACCUCAAGUGGCACGAACUCCUGGUCAACUACUUCGGGCAUUGCAAGACUUCUUGUAACAACACAGAGUGUCCACCAAGGCAAACCUGCGUAGAGGAAUCACCGCAGAAACCCGUAUGUGUAUGUGACCCCUGUGAUAAAACUAAACCAGAAAAUACAGAGAAACCCGUGUGUACAGACACGUUACGACUGUAUCCUAGUAUGUGUGCUUUUAUCGAGUCUAUGUGCAACGGUGACACCGAUUCUGAACCCAGCUUUGAUACCUCGCCUUGUGAGGAGGGGCGUGGUUCUAUACCGCUGUCGGAGUGGAGCCCCUGGAGCCCAUGCUCUGUCACGUGUGGUGUUGGAGAGAAGAGCCGCACGAGAGAAAGAUUGGACGGCCAAUUUUACAGUUCCUUCAACUUUGACCUGGAAGUAACCGCUAAAUGUUACAAUGACCCGUGCACAGACUCCCCCUGCUUUACUGAAGCGUGUAACAGUACAGAAGUAUGCCUCAUCGAUGCGUUUGGCGCCGCCACCUGUGAAUGUCCAGACUGUAUGUAUGAAGGUUACGAACCAGUGUGUGCCAGUCUUGGCGGGAAACAUCACAGCUUCCGUAACCCAUGUGAUGCUCAAAAGGAGGCUUGUGAAAGUGGAGAACCAAUCACCAUUCUCAACGAAGGGCGUUGUGGAAGUACUCCGUUGAAUUGUACUCUGAUGCCAGAUUUUAAGGUUUUGAGACAUCCUGGCUGUACCAAUCUUAGAAUAAAUAAGUCCAAGUGUUCCGGUGGUUGUGGGCCCUUCUCUAACUUCUGCUGUAAUAAGAUCAACACCAAGAAGACGACAUUCGUACUUGAUUGCGGAGAGAACGAUCCACAUCCAGUAACGGAGGAGGUCACGGAAUCUUGCGAAUGUGAUCGAUUGAAUCUAGAAGAAGAGUAAAUCCAAAUCUACCGCGAUACGGUUGUUACUGUUUGUAAAAUACAUCUCAAAUUUCAAUUAUCUUGUCGUUUCUUUGUUCACUGUUUCGCGACAUCAUCUACCAUAUUCUUGAUUAAAGAAUUCCACAAAUUAUUUACAAACAUC